AUGCCACAGAAGGAAGUCUGCCCCAAGGGCUACCAGCCGGUAGCCGCCAGUGAGCAAAUGGCUUCCACUGUUCAAUUGCAAAGCUCAUCCGGCGAAACCAAAUUCGACUUUUCCUUCGAAGCGGUUCGCCGGAACUUGUUUCGAGUGACAUUCUCCUCUGCCGAACGCCCACUCCCACCAUAUCCCAGCAUCACCAGGCCAGAGACCAAUUUGCAAGGCCUCGAUGUGUCCGCACGAGUAGAAGGCGCCUCGAAGAUCAUUGACGUGGCCGACGUGACGGCGCAGGUAGAGUGGGAGCACACUCCUGUUGUGACGCUCUCAUGGAAGGGUGCGAAGAACGCAUUGCACCGUGACUUGCCUCUAAGGUCAUAUGUUGCUGAUGGCCCCGGUGUUGCACACUACUCAGUGUACGAUCGAGUAGCGCUCCAUGUCGGUCUGGGAGAGAAGGCUGCUCCAAUGGAUUUGAGUGGACGCGAUUUCCAGCUCUCUGCAACCGACUGUUUUGGUUACGAUAACCACAAGAGUGACCCUCUCUACAAGCACAUCCCAUUGUUGAUCAAGGCGUCGCCCCAAGGAUGCAUGGCCCUCUUCUCAACCACUCAUGGACGAGGUCUGUGGUCAGUGGGAUCUGAGAUCGAUGGCCUGUGGGGCCACUUCAAGAUCUACCGACAGGACUAUGGUGGCUUGGAACAGUACAUGAUUGUUGGUCGAACAAUCAAGGAGGUUGUUCACACAUACGCCGAGUUAGUCGGGUUCCCCCUGCUGGUACCUCGUUGGGCUUAUGGCUAUAUCUCCGGUGGCUACAAAUACACCAUGUUGGAUGAUGCGGACAAAGCUCUCCUGGAAUUUGCAGAGAAGCUGAAGAAACACGGAAUUCCGUGCUCAGCCCACCAGAUGUCUUCUGGAUAUUCAAUUGCACCCGUGGAGCCCAAAGUCCGCAACGUCUUCACCUGGAAUAACGAGCGAUUCCCAAAUCCCCAAGAUUGGAUUUCAAAAAUGCACGAGCAUGGAAUCCGUCUCAUCACUAACAUCAAGCCUUUCCUAAUAGCCUCGCAUCCCGACUUUCAACGCUUGAUUGACGGCAAUGGCUUCUUCACAGAUCCGGAGACAGAUAAGCCAGGCUAUAUGCGUUUGUGGAGCGCUGGAGGAGCCACUGGCGACGAUGGAUGCCAUAUCGAUUUCACCUCCGAGGCCGCUUUUAAAUGGUGGUUCGAGGGAGUCAAGAGCCUCAAGAAGGUCGGCAUCGACGGCAUGUGGAAUGAUAACAACGAGUACACGCUGCCUAAUGAUGACUGGACGCUCGCUCUAGACGAGACAAUGGUCAAUAAGGAGGCCAAACAGACUACUGCAAACAGUGUUGGCCAGUGGGGUCGCGCUAUGCACACCGAAUUGAUGGGCAAAUCUUCCCACGAUGCUCUCGUCGAUAUGGAGCCCGAUGUUCGGCCUUUUGUUCUAACUCGAAGUGCUACGCCGGGCACGAUGCGCUACUCUGCGAGUACAUGGAGUGGCGACAAUGUGACGAGCUGGGAUAGUAUGAAGGGGUCGAAUGCACUUUCAUUGAACGCUGGCAUAUCAUUGCUCCAGUGCGAAGGACACGACAUCGGCGGGUUCGAGGGACCUCAGCCUUCUCCAGAACUACUCCUUCGGUGGAUCCAGCUAGGCUGCAUGUCUACUCGAUUCGCCAUCAACUGCUUCAAGACCUCCCCGGACAACAACUCUGUCGGCGAGGUCAUUGAACCCUUCAUGUACCCCGAGAUCACCCACCUUGUCCGCGACGCGAUCAAACGCCGCUACGAGAUGCUCCCCUACAUCUACUCUCUCGCUCUGGAAAGUCACAAGGAUGCUUCACCCGUGCAGCGCUGGAUCGGCUGGGGCUAUGAGUCCGACCCCGAGGUCUGGAACAAUCAGACGCUCAAAGACGGCGAAGAGCAGUUCUGGCUGGGAGACAGCAUUGUUGUCGGGGGUGUCUUUAACCCCGGCGUCACCAGCGCAAAGCUCUACCUGCCCCGCAAGAGUGGUGAUGGCUUUGACUAUGGCUACGUCAACAUGAACGCUCCAUACAAUUACUUCGCAUCCGGGCAAUGGGUCGAGAUUGAGUCCCAGUGGCGCGAGAGCAUCCCACUGAUUGCCAAGAUCGGCGGUGCAAUCCCCGUUGGCAAAGAUGUUCACACUCGCAUUCCCGAUGACAAGACAGCCGCCUCUCAGGGCGUGAGCGAGAUCGAUGAUUACCGCGGUGUGGAAAUCUUCCCACCUCAGGGGACCUCUCACGGCAGGACCUUCUCCAAUACUUGGUACGAGGAUGAUGGAAUUUCUCGACAGCCCAGGACUGCGGUGUACACACUCAGCUAUAGCUCGACCGAGGAGAAGGUACUUGUGCAUUUUGAGCGUGAUGAGUCCGCAGGAUUCGUGCCAGCCUGGAAGGAAGUAGACGUUAUUCUGCAUCACAAGGAUACGCGUCGGGUGGUGACCAGCUCCGGUCAGGAAGUUGUGCCCAAGGGUGUUGACGCUCGCGGCCGACUGGUCUUUACGAUCAAGGCUUGA